AGACUACUGCGUCUGUUUCCCCUCCUCUUUCUUUCCUUUUCCUUUGUUUGUUAACAUAGUUAUGAAAGCAGCAAGCAUGUACAAGCAACUUGGGGUGCGUGGACUCCACGCGCUGGUUCUUCGAUGUGCUGAAGUGCCUUCCUCCGUGAAAGCGGCGGAUGCAGCGGUCCACCAUUGCCUUCACCGCCACCUGCGCCGGUUGUCCUCCUCUUGCGUCUCCACUACGACAGCGCUUGCCUUCGCCACCCUCACGCCGCGGCGCUGCUUUGGCACCAAUGACCCGACGAAGCCCACCGACACCGACGCCCCUUCCAGCACCGCCUCCGCCGAUCUCAGUCAAAAGGACCUCAUUGAACUGAACAAGGAAGCCUCUGAAGCCUUUGAAAAGGGUGAGUUUCUCGUUGCCAUUGAUGCAUGGGAGAAGGUGGAACGGUCCAAGCAACACACACCGAACAGCCCUACGCUCAUGAGCUGCCUCAACAACCUUGCCUGCGCCUACGGCGAGAUCGGCGACAGCGUGCGCAAGUUGAAGCUGCUCGAGCGCUCGCGGGAGCUGGUGAAGGAGGUGUACGGCACCGACCACCCCCAGUACGGCAUGGUGCUCUACAACAUGGCCAGCGCGAAGGAAGAAAUGGGGCUGUACAACGACAUGAAAGCGCUGCUGGAGGAGUCGUUAGCCUUGCAUGAGAAGCGUUUCAACCCCCGCCACGCCAAGGUGGGUCGUGUGCUGCUGCUGCUGGCCGCCGCGCAGGAUCACCUCGGCGAGCACGACGCGCAGGUGAAGACGGCGGAGCGGGCGCACGAAAUUGUGCAGCGGCACUGCGGCCCAGACCAUGUGCAGACCACCCUCGCGAUGAUGACCCUCGGUCGUGCCUACGGCUCCGUGGGGCAGGUGGAGCGGCAGCUACAGCUCGCGCAGGCCGCCUUCAACAUCCAGGAGAAGCGGCUCGGUCCGCGUAACCCGCAGUUGGCCAUGACGCUAAUGGAGCUGGCGGAGGCGCACAAGGCGAACAAGGACUACUACAAUCAGCGGGCGUUGUUGGAGGAGGCGGUGGAGGUGCAGCGCCGCUCCUUUGGGCAGCAGCACACCCACCUCAUCGACACGUACAUCGCUUUGGGGGACGCCUGUGGAUUGUUGGAGGACACGAAGAUGCAGGCGCAGUACUACCUGGAGGCUCUCAAGGUUGCUCGACAGCGCUUCCAGGGCAAGCACAUCGCCGUUGGCAAGGCGGCACUGAAUGCUGCGCGUGCCUAUCUCCUUCAGGGGAAUAUGGAGAAGGCGUCGCAGCUGCUGAGAGAAGCGCGCGCUAUCUUGGAGCGCAACGUCAGCCCCGUUCACCCGCUUUCGAAACAGCUGGAAGAGGCAGCAUCACAGCUCAAAAAAAAGGCGCAGUGA